AUUUGAAGUCCAUUUCGAUUCUUCAUCGUCUCUGUCUUCUCUUGCAAACACUAGUUUGCAAAUUAGGGUUUUGGAUUGUGAAUCCCCAAUUUGUUCUUGCCCUGCAAUUCUCGACCAAUCGAUCAAUCUCUGUUCAUCAAACGAUGAAGCUUCAAUUCUCCAAAGACAACCCUAAUGGAAGGAGAGAGAAGAUCGACGGUUCAAGUUCAAUCAAUCAGAAGAAGAUUAAGAAGAAGAACGUGAUGAGAUUGGGAGGGGGUGGUCUCUCGCUCGAAACGUUCGCCAAUGCAAAAACGAAAUCCAAUCAAUACAACCCCGCCUUGAUUAAGAAGCAAAGGGAAUUUUAUAAGAACGCCAAAUAUGUGAGCAAGUAUAAGAAGUCACAAAAGCAACAAAGCCAACAGAAUGAUCGUUACCCAGCUAUGAGACCGCUAGAGGAUGAGAAUGAAACUGAAAUAGCUGGUGAAAUGAACAAGAAAAACAAGAACUACAAGAAGAGUUCACAAAGUUUGCAAGAAUUGUAUAAGAAGAAGCGCGAGGAGGAAGAGAUGGCAAAGAUUGAAAGAGAUGCCAUUAUUCAAGCAAAGAAGGAAGAAAGAGAGAGAGCUGAAUCUCGAAGAAAAGCUUUAAGAGGGAAGAUGUUGAAGAAAACAAGGUCUGGUCAGCCUAUCAUGAAGUACAAAGCAUAUUUGUGCAACUAAUGAGAAGAAUUACAGGCUUUGUAAAGAAGUUUGCAUUAUUCACCACACCAUUCUUUCUGUAUGCUAGGUUACUGGAAAAGUGGGGGGAAAACAAAGAAAAACAAAUUUUAUACUAAUUACUCCAAUUGAUCUGCA